UAUGUAUACCACCCAUAUUUUUAUAAUUUGACAUACAUUUUAAAUCAAACAAAUGAAAAGACUUUAUUUAUAAUUGGGGUGAUAAUAGAUGUGUUCAAUAGUUCAUGAAAUUUGCUUUUGGGAAUCUCUUAGUAUGACAUAUAUUCUAUGUGAAUCAUUAUUCCACUCUGUUGCAUUAUCAUAAAAUCACUGCUGUAAAAUGCUGUGGAUCACCUGGCACAAUGUACUACCAAACCUACCUUGAUGGCGAGACUAAUUGUGGGAAAUCUGCAAAUCUUCAUAUGAUAAGCAAUAUUCCCGAACUGAUACCUACCAGCUUCAUAAGUAAUCUACGGCGCUUCGACGACUACAUCGCUUCUAUCUCGAACUUCUAUCAUCAUGGGUGACGGAGAUUACUCAAAGGGAACUCGCGUAUACGUCGGCGGCCUGUCCGACAGCAUCAAAAAGGAAGAUCUGGAAGGCGAGUUCGAGAAGUUUGGAAAGCUCAAUAACGUUUGGGUCGCCUUCAAUCCGCCAGGUUUCGCUUUCAUCGAAUUUGCCAGCAAGGACGAAGCCGAAACAGCCUGUGAUAAUUUGAAUGGUACAGAAGUGUUAGGUUCAAAGUUGCGCGUAGAAAUAUCGCGGGGUCGCGGCCGUGGUCCUAGGGGUGGCGGCGGUGGCGGUUUCCGAGGAAGCAGGGGCGGUGGUUUCCGCGGUAGCCGGGGUGGCGGCUUUAGAGGCAACUACGAAAGUGGUUCCAGGGGCGGCGGUUUUAGAGGUCGGGGGCGAGGACGCGGCGGUUUCGAUCGCGACUCUUAUGGCGGCGGGCGCGGUGGUUAUGGAAGUCGCGACAGCUAUGGCAGCCGUGAUGGCAAUCGCGAAAACUUUGGAAAUGGUAGUUACGAUUCAUACGGGGGCGGUAGGGACGGGGGUUCAAGGUACAGAUCACGAUCACCAGUUAGCGGUGGGAGAAGAUAUUAGUAGUAUAGUUUUAAAUAUUAAAUAAUUCUUUUUUAUUUUUGUGGGAGUCAUUUUUUAUAUGUAUACCACCCAUAUUUUUAUAAUUUGACAUACAUUUUAAAUCAAACAAAUGAAAAGACUUUAUUUAUAAUUGGGGUGAUAAUAGAUGUGUUCAAUAGUUCAUGAAAUUUGCUUUUGGGAAUCUCUUAGUAUGACAUAUAUUUCUAUGUGAAUCAUUAUUCCACUCUGUUGCAUUAUCAUAAAAUCACUGCUGUAAAAUGCUGUGGAUCACCUGGCACAAUGUACUACCAAACCUACCUUGAUGGCGAGACUAAUUGUGGGAAAUCUGCAAAUCUU